AGCUCCCGGCACUCUAAACUGGAGAAGGCUGAUAUCCUGGAGAUGACCGUCAAGCACCUGCGGAGCCUCCAGAGAGCCCAGAUGACCGCUGCACUGAGCACAGACCCCACAGUACUGGGCAAAUACCGUGCCGGCUUCAGCGAGUGCAUGAACGAGGUGACACGGUUCCUCUCCACCUGCGAGGGCGUCAACACCGAGGUGCGCACCCGGCUCCUGGGCCACCUGGCCAGUUGCAUGACCCAGAUCAAUGCCAUGAACUACCCUGCACCACCCCCGCCGCCCCCUCUGCCGCCAGGUGCG